AUUAGCAUCAAAGCAAAACGAAGGGAAGAGAAGAAGAUGGAAUUGAGUUUAGCGUCGACAUGUAUGCCACCGAGCUUGAAGUUGAAGUUCAACAAUGGCCUUUUCCACUCUCAAAUUCCCAUCUUCACAGCUUCAACCAAAAGCAAAAGAACAAAACGCAUGUUCAUCGUUAACGCCUCUACCACCAGACACACCUUGUCCUCUAACUGGCUCGUUUCCCCUGAUUUAUCUGCAUCAACCGCUACCCCAAGGCUUCCCAGAUUCGAAGAGCUCGACACCACCAACAUGCUUCUCCGUCAAAGGAUUGUCUUUUUGGGUUCUCAGGUGGAUGAUGUUACUGCGGAUUUUGUCAUUAGCCAGCUUUUGUUUUUGGAUGCUGAAGACCCAAAGAAAGACAUCAAGCUGUUUAUAAAUUCACCUGGUGGUUCUGUUACUGCUGGAAUGGGAAUUUAUGAUGCCAUGAAGUUAUGCAAGGCAGAUGUGUCAACUGUUUGCCUUGGGCUAGCUGCUUCCAUGGGUGCAUUUAUUCUUGCUACUGGUACAAAAGGCAAGAGAUAUUGUAUGCCAAAUUCAAGAGUUAUGAUCCAUCAGCCGCUUGGAACUGCUGGUGGAAAAGCUACAGAAAUGAGCAUUCGUAUAAGAGAAAUGGCAUAUCACAAGAUUAAGAUAAACAAGAUACUAUCAAGAGUUACAGGGAAGCCUGAAGAGCAGAUUGAAUUGGACACUGAUCGUGAUAAUUUUAUGAAUCCUUGGGAAGCAAAGGAGUAUGGUUUAAUUGAUGGUGUUAUUGAUGAUGGAAAACCAGGAUUAAUUGCACCAAUUGCAGAUGCAUCACCACCACCAAAAACUCGGGUAUGGGAUCAAUGGAAAGUUGAAGGAAGCCGUAAAGCCAAACAAAAUUUACCCUCAGAACAUAAGUUUUUGCAUAAUGCAUAUAAAGGAGGUCAGGGAAGUGAAGAUGAUAAAGGCACUGAACAAGAAGAGGAAACACCUGCUGCUGUAUGAGUUAGGGGACAAGGUUUGCGUUGCUUCUAUACUCAAUAGAUCUAUUUAUUUUAACUGAUUCAUCACUUGCACCAGAAGAUAAAAGGGAUGUUUCACUUUGUUAUAGUGGGUUAAUUACAUGUACGAUUCAGACUGUAUAUCAAAGUUAUCAAAAACUUCUUGUAUGCUUCAAGUGUUAGAUGCCUUAAUAUAAUGUUUUCUCUUCUGUGCU